UCAUCUUACACAAGCUUAAGAUUCCCACAAAACCCUUGUGCGCACCUAUCCCAAUCAUUGCUGCAUGCGAUAGUUGUUCAACCAAUUCCUAUCCUCUUUUCCCCUUCCGCUAUCUCAAUGGACAUCGACCCAGCGAGGCGCAAUAAGAAGCCGCGUCUCCUCCUAGAGACGGAGCGCGAGAAGCUUGACGAGUUUGUGGAUUCUAUCCACUAUUCGGCAAGAUAUAAUGAUGACAAAUUCGAAUACCGACAUGUGCAGCUUCCGAAGAACAUGCUGAAGAAAAUUCCCGCGGACUACUUCGACAGCUCUAAAGGGACUUUGAAGUUGCUUUGGGAAGAAGAAUGGCGGGCUUUGGGCAUUACACAGAGCUUGGGAUGGGAGCAUUACGAGGUGCAUGAACCGGAACCUCACAUUUUACUGUUCAAGCGCCCUCUCAACUAUCAAGCCCCACUACAACAAUAA